CAGAUGACCCUGCCGCUGAGGAUGGAGCUCCAACUUUUUCCGGAGAGAAUGAGGCCACGACCGUCGGGGAUAUUCCCCCUCAGCGAGUUAGCUUCGGUGCUAGCUGAGCCGAAACAAAUUGCCGCGUUCGAAAGGAUCGGAGUCAGAUUUUCCCCCACUGAAGAUGAGCUGCGUAGCUGAGUACUCCAAGAAGCAUGCCCUCUCGGGUUAGAAUGUCACCCGUGUUAUUCUUCUGGAUAUCACGACGAGGUGAUUGCCCCGACGACUGGAGACACACUUGAAGCACUACAAUACGGUGUGGAGCAAACCGAGAUAUGCACCACUCUUGACUCCUCACGCAGAGGCUACUUGAAUGUCAUAUAUAACCUCAUCCUCAAAGAGACGUUAGUCGCUGCCCAGUAUUAAUUAGAACGAAAUUAUUUGUUACUUACCUGAGCUUGAAACUCCCUGUCCAAAUACAAGCUCGAGUUUCGCACGUCUUGAGAGGUACAAAGUUUACCUUGCCCGAGAUGCCGGCAGAAAUUCACGGGAUCAAAUCCAGCAACAUCCACGCCAAGAUUCGUCUUCUCAUCGAUGGGCUAGUGAACAUCAAAGAUCAGACAGGAGAAUUCUUGCUGACGCUGGAAGACGGUCGCGUAAUCGACACGAAAGGAUGGAACGACUGGGAAUGGACGCACGGUAUCGGUCUCAACGGAAUCUGGGCCUAUUACUCUCUUACAGGGGAUGAGAAAUAUCUCAAGAUUAUCGAAGACUGGUUUGCCAACAGAUUUGCGGCAGGUGGCACUACUAAAAACAUCAACACGAUGGCCGUGUUUUUGACGCUAGCCUACGUGUAUGAAAAGACGGGAAACCAGACCUAUCUUCCAUGGCUAGAUAGUUGGGGAGAAUGGGCGUAUCAUGACCUAGAGAGGACCAAGUAUGGAGGCAUGCAGCAUAUCACGUACUUGGAGGUGAACGAUCAGCAGCUAUGGGAUGAUACGCUUAUGAUGACCGUCAUGCCCCUGGCCAAGAUUGGAAAACUACUUAACAGGCCCCAUUAUGUCGAGGAAGCGAAACGCCAAUUCCUCAUUCACAUCAAAUACUUAUUCGACACGAAGUCCGGGCUAUUCUUCCACGGCUGGACAUUCCACGACGGCGGCCACAAUUUCGCGAAUGCCCUGUGGGCCAGGGGAAACGCAUGGCUCACAAUUGUUAUCCCGGAAUUCUUAGAGUUGCUAGACCUACCUCCCAACGAUCCGAUUCGAAAUCACCUUCUGGAUACGCUAAACGCGCAGUGCGAAGCCCUCAAGCCCCUGCAGACGUCGUCGGGUCUGUGGCGCACGCUUCUCGACCAGCCGGAGGAGGAAGGCUCGUACGUAGAAUCGAGCGCGACGGCUGGAUUUGCCUUUGGAAUUCUCAAAGCGCAGAGGAAGAAGUACAUAGGGAAGGAAUAUGAAGCCGUAGCUCUUAAAGCCAUACGAGCGGUGCUGGAAAACAUUGACGCUGAUGGGGAGCUCCUAAACACGUCUUUCGGCACCGGCAUGGGUCACACGCUACAGCAUUACAAGGACAUCCCGAUUACGAGCAUGCCGUACGGACAAGCGAUGGCUAUCAUGGCCCUAGUUGAGUUUCUAAGAGUAUUUAUCUAAAUGAUGGAUUCUGUAAGGUUUACCAAAUGCGUAAUAAGUGGC